GUGAUGGCUCGAGGGAACAUUCUGGCAUCUGCCGCCUUCGACCACAAGUCAGAUGAGAGGGUGGAGGACCUUGUCGACCCAGAGCUCGUUCUCUACAAAUCAGACGGGGAAACUCCGAAACUCGAGCAUUUGAGCAAGGCCACCAUCGAGAUCCCGGUGACCCAUGAGAUGGCACCCGAGAGUAAACUGGUGGUCUUUUACAUAAGGCCUGAUGGGGAGGUGGUGUCCGAUCACCUCACCUUCCGGGUAGACCGUUGCCUCCCCAACAAGGUGGAAUUGAGAUGGAACGAGAAAGUGGCUGCACCUGGAUCGAAGAUCGGACUGAAGGUUAAGGCCGCGCCGAAAUCAGUCUGCGGAUUGAGGGCGGUGGACACGAGCGUGGACCUCCUCAGACCGAGGCAUCAGCUGACUGCGGAUCAAGUCCUGCUGGCCCUGGAGCGUUUCCAGAUCUUUGACUAUCAGUCGCCCUCUCAGAGCACGGACAACAACUUCUGUCUCAGGCAUCAGCCCUCUAAAAAUGAGGACGGAGACUCAAAAUAUGACUUCAUAGAAGAUUCCCGCAGUCACGCUCUCACAUCCUUCGAUCGUUCCGGCCUUGUGGUCCUGUCCGACCUGAGAGUCUUCACCUUUCCCUGCCGCACCGUUGACAACGUGUUCGGGUACUCGGAAAGACUUCUACCUCUGAGCGAAGAAACCGCGGAGCAGGUCGAUGCUGCUGUUACUGAUGUACCGAUACCGUCCACAUUAAUGGCUGAGAGGAAGAAGUCUUUCAGUGGUAGUCGGGACCACUUCCCAGAAACCUGGCUCUGGUCCCUCGAGGCCGUCGAUGAAACAGGGGAGCUAGAAUUGAAGGAUCUUGAUGUGCCGGACAGCCUCACGGAGUGGGUGGGAUCAGCGGUGUGCAGCUCCCCACUGGCAGGGCUGGGCUUGUCCUCCUCUCAACCCCUCAUUGCCUCUCAACCCUUCUUCCUUGACUUCACUCUGCCGUACUCUAUCAAGAUGGGAGAGAUCCUUCCCCUUUCCGUUUCAAUCUUCAACCAAAAACAGUAUCCUCUCCCAAUCAGAGUUAUCGUUAAGGAGUCCGCAGCCUUUGAAGUGGAAGGAGAGAAAGAGAAAAGCCUCUGCCUGGAGGAGCAGGGGAAGGAGGUGGUGAUCUUUCACUUGGACUUCUCGAAACUGGGAGACGUCAACGUGACCAUUCUGGCUCGAGUUGAUUCCUGCUUUCCUGGAGCGUGCGGGCCUGAUACCCUUCUUCUUGUCAGGGACACAAUUGUGAAACAGAUACGAGUAGAACCGGAAGGGUUUCCGGUGGAAGAAACAAAGAACUGGUAUCUGUGCGGGGAAAGCGAGGCGGCGAAUGCGACUCACUCGCUGAGCCUGCCGGAGGACGUGGUGCCCGAUUCGGCCCGAGCGUGGGUGACAGUCUUCGGGGACCUCCUUGGACCCUCCAUUCAGGGCCUGGAGACGUUGGAGACGUGGUCGAUGGACUGCGGAGUGCAGAACAUGAACGCCCUGGUUCCAAAUAUAUUCAUCCUCCAAUAUCUCAGUUCCACAAAUCAGCUCACGCCGGAACUCAAAGCGGAACUCAUACACAAGGUGGAAAACGGGUUCCAAAUAGAGUUGCACUGCCAGCAUGAAGACGGAUCGUUUAGCUCGUUCGGAGCGAACAAGGAGAGUUCCAUGUGGAUGACGGCCUUAGUAAUAAAAAGCUUCGGGCAGUCGCUUCCCUUCAUAUCCCUCAACGAAGGCGGGUGGCAGGAGGGUGUCCGCUGGAUCACCGGAAAGCAGAUGGAGAGCGGGUGCUUCCCCAACGUCGGGAGGGUCCUCAUGCCUCGCUAUCAGGGCAAUGAAGAAGGGGAAGAAGGUUCAAAUGCGGAGUUGUCGGCGUACGUCCUCAUCUCUCUUCUGGAAUCAGGAGGCUCUGUAGAAGAUAAAGUAAUCAAGAGAACUCUACAGUGCUUGAAGGGCAGCCCCAAUCCUUCAACUUUCGCCCUGGCCCUCAUCACGUACGCCUUCGUCUUGGCCGGGGAAACGGAACUCGGUGGGACCUACCUGGAUGAGCUUCUCCAGAGAGCCACUGAGGGAGAUGGUCUUCUUUUUUGGCAUGCCUCAACUGAUGAUGAACUGAUGACGUUUCCUAAGUACAGCUAUUUUCGUUCUUCCCGUGCGCAACUUGCUUUGCUGCACACGUAUCUAGAGUCCUCAGACGCAAUGGACAUGGAGAUCACAUCAUAUGGGAUCCUAUCGCUGUUGAAGAUGGGCCGAAAGGGGGACACUGCCCGAGCCCUUUCCGCCGUCCGCUGGCUUAUCUCCAAGAGAAACUCCAAUGGUGGCUUCAACUCCCCUCAGUGGUGUUGGGUAUUGCAGGCCACGGCGAUGGUACUGCAGUCCCUGGUACUAUACGCAUCUCACGUGGGAUUGGGGGAAGUGGCCAUGGAUAUCCAACUGUCCUCCUCAGGUUGGGAGCACGCCUUCCAUCUCACAAAUGCAAAUCGUCUGGUCCAGCAGAUGACCUCCAUCGCGUCUCUUCCUCAUCACCUCCAGAUCUCAUCGUUUGGGAGCGGCUGCACCCUCAUCCAAGCAACGCUGAGGUACUCUGUGUUUCGUGAACCCAAGAAGCAGGGGAUGAGGCUAAGCGUAGAGGAGAAGCUCGGUGAUGCGCAGGAAUGCGAUCGACGGAACAUACAUGUCUGUGCCAUGUACUCUGGACCUGCCAACGCCUCCGACAUGGCAAUGCUCCAGGUCUCUAUGCUCUCGGUCAAGAAUCCCAAGCCGGCUCUCAUCAAGCUCUUCGACUACUUUGCACCCGAACUCCAAGACACUCAGAAAGACCACUUUGCCAUUCAGCCCUUCAUAUUUUAG